GGUCCUUCAGCAGUUACCUGUCAGUGUUCUCCUUAAGGACUUAAAAUACGUCCAAACACCGCGUUUUUCUCUCUCUGUUGUCGGUGAGGAGGUUCCGCCCUCAGGAUGGAUGUUUCUCAACAUGAUGACGGAGUUUUGAAGAUUUCAGAGAAACUGGAAAAGUCUUUAAGCAUGGAUCAGGACGACCAGAUGGAAGCCUACCAAAGGUUCAUUCAGGACGCUAAAGAUGUUGCCAGACAGGGGGACAUGUGCAAAGCGCUGGAGCUCUUCAAAAUGGCGUACAAAAUCCGACAGAGUCAAAAACUUGAAAGCAGGAUAAAGAAAAUUGAAGAACUUAUUUCUCAGGAUGACUCUGAGGACGAGGAAGAGUUUGUCAACGUAAACAACAGCGGAUUGAUGCUGUUCAAAGAUCUACACGACAAGCUUUACGACUACCAGAGAAACGGAGUGGCCUUCUUGUACAGUCUCUACAGAGACGGGCUUAAAGGGGGGAUCUUGGCUGACGACAUGGGCCUUGGUAAAACCAUUCAGGUGAUAUCGUUCCUCUCUGGAAUGUACGACCACGAGCUGGUCAAAAACGCACUGCUGGUCAUGCCGACUUCACUCAUCACAAACUGGACCAAAGAGUUCGCCAAAUGGACUCCUGGGAUGAGGGUCAAAGACUUUCAUGGAAACAGCAAAGCAGAGAGGAACAGGAAUUUGGAGAAAGUUCAGCGGAGAGGCGGCGUCAUCAUCACAACUUACACCAUGCUUAUGAACAACUGGCAGCAAUUGUCUUCACACAACGGAAGAGAGUUCACAUGGGACUACGUGAUCCUGGAUGAGGCACACAAGAUAAAAACAUCAACCACCAAGACCGCCAAAAGUGCCUCCGCCAUACCUUCCAAAAACCGACUUCUUCUCACAGGGACUCCAGUCCAGAACAACCUGAAAGAACUGUGGGCGCUCUUUGACUAUGCUUGUCAGGGCACUCUCCUCGGCACGGCCAAGACAUUCAAAACAGAGUAUGAGAACCCAAUCACCCGCGCUAGAGAGAAAGACGCCACUCCAGGGGAAAAAGUCCUCGGGUCUCGGAUGUCUGAGACUCUCAUGGCCAUCAUAAAGCCCUACUUCCUCCGCAGAACAAAAGCUGAAGUGCAGAAAGUCAAAAUGAAUGGCAAAAAAACAUGCAAAGAGGAAAAUUCCGACAACAAGGAGAGCCCAGACCUUCCCUCCUCAAAAGUUUCUGGAGCAGUCAUGCCCGAUCUGACGAGAAAGAACGACCUGAUUGUCUGGACUUUCUUGAGUUCUGUUCAGGAAGACAUAUACAGGCAGUUCAUUUCUCUGGACCACAUCAAGGAGCUGCUCAUGACCACCAGAUCACCUCUGGCUGAAUUGACCAUUAUGAAAAAACUCUGCGACCAUCCGAGACUGCUCUCUGCUGCCGCCAUAUCCAAGUUAGGCUUGGAGGACAACAUGUCUGAGGGUCAGCAGAACGACGACACGGAGACGGACCCUAACAGCAUUGCUAACGUUCCUGACGACACUCUGAUAUCCGAGUCGGGGAAACUCGUCUUUCUGUUUGCACUCCUUGAACAGCUCAGAAAUGAAGGCCACCGCACGCUCGUCUUUGCUCAUUACAGGAAGGUCCUUGACAUCAUUGAACGCAUCCUGGGAAACAGAGGCUUCAAAGUUCUAAGACUGGAUGGGACCAUCACACAGAUCGCAGAAAGAGAGAGGCGCAUCACGCUGUUCCAGACCGACAAACGUUACACCGUCUUCCUCCUCACCACCCAGGUCGGAGGAGUCGGCAUCACUUUGACGGCAGCCGACAGAGUUGUGAUAUACGAUCCCAGCUGGAACCCGGCAACAGACGCCCAGGCCGUCGACAGGGCAUACCGCAUCGGCCAGACUGAGAACGUAGUCAUCUACAGGCUGAUCACGUGCGGCACCGUGGAGGAGAAGAUCUACAGGAGGCAGGUUUUCAAAGACUCCCUCAUCAGGCAGAAUACCGGAGACAAAAAGAACCCUUUUCGGUACUUCAGCAAGCAGGAGCUGAAGGAGCUCUUCACUCUGGAGGACACGCAUUCCUCCUCCACGCAGAUGCAGCUUCAGGCCCUGCACUCCAGACACAGACGGACCGACCCCGAACUGGACGAGCACAUCGCCCACCUCUACUCCAUGGAGAUGUUUGGGAUCUCCGACCACGACCUCAUGUUCUCCCUCGACAUGAACCACGAUGAAGCGCCAGAAGAUGCAGAGGCGAACUACAUCGAAGGGAGGGUGCAGAAGGCCCAGGAGCUGAUGAAGGCUGAAUCAGAGCUUCAGAUGCAGCUGGCGGAGAAUAUGGCGUCGAGCACAGAGCCAGCAUGGCUCAGACAACCAGCGGACAACAACAACAGAGAGCGGUCUCAGGAGAAAAAACAGAGAAAUCCCAGACCAAGUCCCUCCUUACCGCAAAAUGACAUCAACUUCAACAGAUCACCAGUUGUGGUGGAGCUGGACCAGUCAAGUUCUGGCAAAGAGGAGGACACCCCAAAGAGUCUGAAUCACCGAGUUAUUGAUCUGACUGCAGAUGAGAGUAUGACAGAACAACCUGUUGAAGAAAUUAGCCAAGACAGCGUUCCCCAGCAGGACCUGGAUUCUUCAAACCACCGACCUGCAAAACAGGAGAAGAGUUACCUAGACGUAGCAGACGCUUCUCCUCAGGGGCUGAUCGAUCAGUCUCUGGUGAUGUCGGACGCCACUGAGGCUGCUGAAGCCUCAAUUCACGAACCAAUGGACCAAUCUGAGGCUGCAGCUGGUUCAGCAGGUGAUGGUAGUCCUUCUUAUGUGACUGCAGAUGAUGAACCGCUUAACGAAACCGCAAACUCAAAAAACAACUCCAAGAUGGACUUUGCUCUUCCACGUGUCACACCUCUGCAGAACAAAAGACUCUCUGUGUUGCAGACAUCCAACACAAGUUUCAAAGCAAACACGUCGUCCAGAGUCAGCAGUGGGCUCGACUCCUUCGAAGGCAACUUCAAUCUGCAGCUCGAGGACAGUGACAUCAUGUCCGAUCAAGAAGCCCCGGACCAUCAGGAGACCGAAGCGGAGGAGAGGAAGCUGCUGUCACAGCUGCAGAUGGAGGGGAGUUUUGAUGUGAAUAAAUCUCUUUCUGAGAGACAUCAUAAAGAAGCACUUGAGCAAAGCCUCAACAGCACAAGAGACUCAGAAAUGGCCGAUUCAAUGAACAUUUCCAUUGUAGUUACCAAGAAGAAAAAAGCAGCAGUGAUUUAUGACAGUGAAGAAGACGAUGACGAAAGGCAGGAAGAAAAGAGCCAACUUGAAUCUUUCCAUGUUCUUGAAUCAGCACCCAGCAGCUCCACCCCUCUGCGGUCAAGGAAGAGUGUGGGAUUAAACACGUCUGUGGCUUCGCGCCGGUCCCUCCACCAGUCCAUCAUCGAGGACAUUGAUGACCUACAUUCGGACAUGGAGGAUGACGCUGAGGUGUCAGAGAGUCGUUCUGAUGAAGCGGAAGAGGAGGACAUCAUCGGGUUGACUGAUGAUGGGCUUCAACUGGAGGAGACUGUUGGAGAGACAUUAAACACAGAGGGAGAGGAGGGAGAGGAGGGAGACGAGGAGGAGGAAGUAGAGGAGGAGGAGAUGGAAGAGGAGGAGGAGACAACCCCAAAUUCAGAAGAGGAAAUGAGCAGCAGCCUGGAGGAAUCAACCGGCGAUGCAGAGUUGGAGUCCUCUGAGGGAAUUGAUCAAUGCACCGUGGAUUCAGGAGUCAAGACAGACGACGGUCAACACAUCAUCAAGUUUGAGAAGGAGAGCUACGAGUCCCUGGUCAGCAGAGGGAAGGAGAACUACAACAGAGGGACGCUGGACGAAGCUCUGGACUGUUUCCUCAGAGCAAUCGACAUCAAACCUGGAGAUCCUGAAAUCCAGCUCAUGACCAUCCAACUGUACCGGAAGCUGAGUCAGAGAAGUUAACAUCGAUCCAGAACAAUCCUGAGACAGAUACAAGCUGAAAUAAGACCUGCUUGCUGGAAAAUAUUGUUACAGUGAACAAAGAGGGACACACAGACUGUCUAACAAAUCUGAUAUGCACAACAAAAACAACGAUUUGUUAGAUUUUCAUUAAAAAAAUAAAAAAAAAACACCCCUCUUACAUUCUCUGUUGCCCUUGGCUUCAAAUUUUUUAGUAACUAGAGAAAGACGUAGAUCUUUGAAAUGGUUUACAACGACAGAUUCAGAGCCUUGAUAGCAGCUCAGUGAAGCUGUGAACUAUAAACUCUAAUGUCUGGAUGCAUUGAUCUAACGACUUAAAAAUAAUGACAGGUUGAUGUAAAUUUGGGCUGUGAUGAUUGCAGAAUUUUAAUCUCGAUAUGAUACUGGUAAAAAUCAAAUGAGACCACGGAGUCAAAAAUAAAAGUCCUUAGCAUCCUCAUAUUGUUUUUUUCUCCUUUGUUUUCAAUCAUCAAAAGUUUCAGGUUAAAGUUGUGUCUAAACUUUGCAGACAGUAUUUGAGUCUUAGUAAAGCUUGCAAUGCUUGUUUAGGGUUCUAGCAUACUGUACAUGCAUUUUUCUAAAUAGGAAAAAAAACUACAGCAAAAAACAAUUCCUGCAGGCAUGUGUUGGCAAAGAAGACAUGAUAUAAAAAUAUAAAUUGUAUGAUUUGUAUCUGAUUGUGGUUACAUGGUUCAGGGUUUUCAAAGUCACUUGAAUGUAAACUUUAAGUAUUUUGACUUGAAGAGCUUAUUUUCAUUUUGAUUUCUUUCUGGGCUUUUUGCCUUUUAUUUGGAUUGGACGGUGGAUAUAGAUGGAAAUCUGGGAGAGAGAGAGGGCGGGGAAGGAACCGCAGGUCAGACUUGAAACCGGGCCGCCCGCUUGGAGGGCCUAACCACUAGGCCAUCUGCACCCUAUUUUGUUAGAUUUAUGCAGAUUAGUUUGAUUUCUUUUCUGUUGAAGAAAUCUCUUUAAUUUGUCAUCAAAUUUCUUAUCAUAGGGGCGCCUGUGACCCUUUGGUUGGUGCGUGCACCCCGUGUGGAGGCUGUGUUCCUCCAAGCAGGCGGCCUGGGUUUCGAAUCCAACCCGGGGCUCCUUUCCCGCAUGUCGUUCAACGCUCUCUCAUCGAUUUCUGACUCUCCUCUGUCCAACGCUCUCGCAUCGAUUUCUGACUCUCCUCUGUCCUACGUCUAAGACAAAGGCAUAAAAAUCUCCAAAAUAUACCUUUAAAAGAAUUCUUAUUGGACUAUCACUCCAGAAAUAUCUAAAUAUUCUGUUUUCAUCUUUGACGAGCAAAAUCAACAAUUUGUGUUUUACAGAGAUUUAACUUUUUCAGAACGUUUCAUGUAACUUUUUUUGUGUUCUUUCCUGGUAAUUCUGCUUCAAAAUCAGCUCUCUUUCAUUUAAACUUGACCGUGUUGAAGUGCACUCUUCAUCUGAUUGUCCACAAGCCGAGACUCAUCAGGUUAAUAAAGUUAAAGAUCUUCAUACUUCAAGUGCUGCUGGAGCGUUUUGACCUCGUCACGCCUUUCUCUCUCCGUGCACCGUGGUAGGUGGUGAAGCUGUGCCAGAAAAUCUGACUGCUUCUCCACAAAAUAAAAAUUAGAAACCUAGAAAGUGGGGAAUGAAAUCCUCUUUGUGGUGUUGAAGGUAUUUCUCAAAGUCUUGGUAGUUUGCUUCAGGUUGUGUAACAUUGCUGCUAAAUGUCUGUAUCAUAUUUCUGUGUUGUGUGUUUUAAAUGAUAGUUCAAAAAUAACAGCAGCUCUUCUCCUGGGUCAAGGUUUAACUUUUUAUAAACAGACCCUGGAUUCAUAUUUACUUCACUCUUGUUGAAUAAAAUGAGCACCUUUAUAAUAAUCUGUAAUUAAACAAAAGUCACAGACUUCA